CGCCAAUAUUGCGUUGGAAAAGUCAAGUUCCUGUUUGCGUGGGCGGCAAACUACGUAUAAGGCAAGACACUAAGAUAUUUCUAUCUUUGAAGGAGAACUAAAAUGGACCAAGAACAACAAGUUCUGGCUGAAAUCAGCUUCACCACGUUAAACCUUCUUGCGCCACAGGAACAGGUUGAGCUCCACUACGAAAUCAGAGUGGAUUGGUGCAAGCUCAGGUCGUCUUGUACUGUAAAGGGGAAGAGGGAAAGCUCCAUCACAAUGGUACUCGAUUCUUUUGGGCAUAUUCCACAUGAGGAGAUUGAACGUCUCAAGGCGGAUGAUAAGCGAUAUAAGAUGACCGACGAUGCCGAAAACCAUCAGGUUAGCGUCCUGGAUGAUCUGGAUACACACAUCUCAUCCCUGGACGAGACUCUUCACCAGCUGACAAAGUCUCUCGUGGUAGAAGGCUUAUCCAAGUCUUUGGGCACGAUCAUGAAAUGGACUGAACAGAACCCACAUGCCAAAGUCGCCGAACAUAGUCCAGAAGGUCAAGGACAUUGAGAGUGCCAUUCCCUUAGCCGAACGAAAUGCAGCGCGAGAUGCAUUAGGUAGGAGCCUCGAGCAGACACGAAAAAGAGUCCUCUGUAAUAUGAAGAUACCCGAGCAGACAUACUUACUAAGAGAAAUCUGCAGAAUCACCGUCUGGUUUGAAAGAACGUCCAUGCAGAACCUCCAGCCUGUUCGUAGCAGCGUCGAAGUUUAGACCAGAUCCUAGCACAAUUACCCACAGAGUAA